AUGCGUUUGCGAGACCUUUUCCGUCGGCGUAUCGAGUCUCGCGCAGUCACAGGCGCACCUCCGCUCAACUCUACGGACUACACAUGCAAUCUCCCCGACGACGUCGUCUACGAGCUUUUCGAAGCAGCGGCGCUCAUCUAUCCGCCGAGCGUCCUCGUAAUGACGCCCACAUCCGCCCAAACUCUUCGCGGCACGCACUCCCUGCUCGGUUGGGUGAUCCUCACCCAUAUCUGCCGGCGCUGGCGGCACAUUGGUCUAUCCGCGACUCUCGCGCCAUUGUGGGCGAGAAUUGUGUGUUUGAGCUGGAAGCCGAACGUGGCUCUCGAGCUGUCUGAGCGCGCAAGAGGAUGCCCAAUCACGAUUGACUUCUCACGACACAACGGCCAGUUCGGUCGAGAGCGCCGCGAACUCUCAUCUCUCGAGGACUGGACAUACCGGAAUAUCGGACGUACAGUUGCUUUGAUCUCGCCGGGGCAAGCUCUAGUCAACAAGCUGAAGUCGCAAAAGCUUGUACUGCCGAACCUCCGCGAAGUGCGCCUCAGCGCCUCCGAUCUGCCUUGGAACUUCGCUAUCACUGCGCAAUGGGAGUUGAGUGGACUACAGCGCGCGUGGUUGAACAUGGCGCUCCUACCUUCUUCGAUGGUUGCCACAGUCAGGGAGUUGCAUCUGCGGAUAUACGCCUCCCAUACGCCCCUCACGGAGCUGCACGAGGUGUUACGCGCAUGUGUCCUCCUCGAACACCUCGACAUAUCUGUACAUGGUGGAUGGUCACAUAAAGACUUGCCGGACAAUGCCGUCGAGCGCGAAGCACGGAAAGGGUUCAUUAUAUUCGACGGCCUCAAGACGGCGGAGGUCAAAGUUAGCGCCGACUCGAUCUUGACGGACCUAUGGAGUCCCAUUCGCUGUCCGCCGACGUUGACGUUGCAAGUAAAGUGCGCGACGAACUUUUGGUCUGGACCUCUACCGCGGGUAGAGGGUCUAUUGGAGGCGUGUAGGAGUCAAACGGGAAGUACGCUGUACGACGGAGUGGACCUGCACAUGCCAGAGGGAAACAUGCGUCGGAGUAGCAUGCGUCUGCACCUUUCGUCGUCGUCGUCGAGCGCGUCCUGCGAGCUGUCAUUUCUAUCGGACAAGACUUCACGCCUCCAGAUGCUACUCGCAUUGCCCGCUUACAUCUCCGGAGCCUCCAUCACGCAGCUCACACUGGGAGGAUCCCCUACAGCUGCGGACUUGGCGGAUGCGGAUGAGGCGAUUUGUGUGCUCGGGGGAGCAUUGUAG